CCUUCAAUAGCCUAACUGUUUCAAGUACAAGUGUCAGUUUAAGGGCAACUCAGUGCGGUAAAAAAAAGAACGAUUGUAGUUAACAUUGAAACAUGUCUAAUAUACGUCCCUUAACACCUGAGUUGGCCAAGCGGGCGCAGGAGGAACUGGGCGAAGUGCCCGACCGCAUCGAUGCCGAUAUAGAACAACUGCGCGAGUGGAUAUUGAAGCAGCCACAUCUCACAGCACGCACAGAUGAUCAGUUUUUGGUGGCGUUCCUUCGCGGCUGCAAAUAUAGCAUAGAGAAGGCGAAGCAUAAACUCGACAACUACUAUGCAAUGCGUAAUGUAGUGACAGAAUUGUACAAAGAUAGAUUUGUUAACGAUGCGGCUAUUGACAUUCUGCGUUCUGGCGUUUUCCUACCGCUACCAAAACCCAUAGCACCCGAUGGUCCACGCAUUCAUAUCUCGCGUUAUGGCGUUUUCGAUAGUAGUAAAUAUUCCUUGGCUAAUGUAUUAAAGGUGCGCUCAAUGCUUGGCGAUAUACAAUUCCGCGAAGAUGAUAAUGCAAUCGUUAUGGGUUUUUUGGAGGUUAUAGACUUAAAAGGUGUCGGCCCUGGACAUAUUUUCCACUUCAAUGCUGUUUUGGUGAAAAAACUUGCUGUUCUUGGCGACAAAGCAUGGCCUUAUCGUCCCAAAGGUUUCCAUUUUGUCAACGUCAAUUCAAGCUGCGAAAAAUUUUUGAACAUCGCAAGGAGUUUGAUGAGUGAUAAGAUUAAGAAGCGUUUCCACGUGCAUUCAAAUUUCGAGUCCCUCUACAAGCAUAUACCCAAAGAGUGUCUACCGGCCGAAUAUGGCGGCAGCAAUGGUACACUGGAUGAUGGCAUCAAAGAGUGGGAAAAGAAAUUACUUAGCUAUAAGGAAUAUUUUGAAGAGGAGGUCAAAUAUGGCACGAAUGAAAAAUUAAGACGUGGCCGUCCACUUGACAUCGAAUCGCUUGGCGGCAUAGAAGGUUCAUUUAGAAAAUUAGAUAUUGACUAGUGUUUUUCUGUUAUCUUAUAAUUAAAUAAAAUGAGAUUUUUACUUGUCAUUAUUGUAUACAAUGUUAUAUGUGCAAUUAAGUUAAUUCCCACAGUUUGUGAAAUUCGCAAUAUUUGCCGAAUAUUACAAAUAGUACAUAUAAGGAAUGUACAAAACAAAAAAUAAUAAAUUAUUUAAAUAUCAAUUUUUAAAA